AUGAUAGCAUUGAAAGCGGUACUAGAACCAAGAAAAAUACAGCCGAUAACGCCUAUCAAAAGGUUAGAUACUAAGUGUGCAUUUAUUGGAAGUCUUGAUUUCUUAUUAAUAACCACCCAAUAUUUUGAGCCUGGUAAACCUUUAUCACGAGAAAAUGACCAGCAAAUUCGUGCUUGCCAUGUGUUAGCAACAACGUUACAAAGGAUUCCAGUUGUUAUGCAUAGACACUGA